AUGAGGGCCACGCCUCGCCUGUCGAAGGGCUUCUUCGGCCGCAGUGUCGACGAGCUAAAGAGGUUCACGAGCAUCGCACUCAACCUUGAGGCUGUCAAGGGCCCAGCUGGACCUCUCGAGUUGCAUUCCUUCCGCGCACAGGAGUCCAUGCAAGCAUGCAAGCUCAUGUCAGAUGCAGACAUCGGGGGCUUCUCGAAAGCACAGCUUGAAUGGAUACAUCCCCGAUCACCGUCGGAUUCCUUGGCACAAGGUGACAACCCCAAUGCGCAUGCCAGAUUCCACGGCUCCAUAUCAACCCAACUCCCAAAGGACAUUCCCAGCGUGGAGAGAUCCGGAUACGCAGCCUGGAGAACACUGGAUAGACCGCCAACACUGUUCGGCAAGAGCCUAUGGGACAUCGAUCCGUACGCAUACCUCGCGCUGAGGAUCAAAUCUGACGGGCGAAGCUACCUGGUCAACGUGCAAACCGAGUCCAUCGUGCCGACAGAUGUACAUCAGCAUCGUCUGUUCAGCAGGCGACCUGGGCAGUGGGAGACCGUUCUGAUCAAGUGGAAUGACUUUGUGAGGACGAAUCACGGCUACGUUGUCGAGCCACAGACCGAGAUGCUGCGGCAGAAGGUCCGGACCAUCGGGAUCGGUCUCACAGACAGGAUACCUGGGCCCUUUGACUUGUCCAUCGAGCGAAUAUGGGCUACCAACGACCCGGACGAGGCCGCCAAUGCCGAGAGCAGUUCCCUGAAUAAGGGUGGGUUGAAGAACAAGCAAGGCAAAAACGUCACAUGGGUCACAGAUUGA